UCCCGGGGAUCGAACCCACUACCUUGGCGUUACAAGCGCCGUGCUCUACCAGCUGAGCUACAGAGGACCACCUUAAAGGUGUCCCCCACCAACCAGCUAUUUUUAAUAUUUUCCUGUGGCACUAGAUAGUUCUAACACUGAAUACAUUCGCCGGGGUCCCCGUUUCAACUGCCUACUGUAAGAUACUUGAAGAUUGUCUAUGAAAACAUGAGGAAUAUGCUCAGAGCGCUCUCUGAACGGAAUUUGCUCCCACUAGCUGACGUGAGGAGUUUAAACGUAGCAGGCGGCAGCACUGUGGAACUCUGUGUAAAGAAACUUGAAGAACAAAGGAGAUGGUCACCCUGCUGUGACAUCAUUGGACUGCAGGAGAGGACACGCUCCAGCCGUCUGCAGCCAUGAGUGUCUGCCACCCCACCUCAACACUGGACAGGCUAAGCAGCCUGACGAUAGGAGACUCGGAACGCAAUACCUCCAGCGGUCAGCAGAGGGAGCCUCUAGCUGACAUCCCCCAUGAGAACACAGGUCCAAGUCUGGUUCAGAGAUGUGUGGUGGUACAGAAAGACCAGCUGGGGUUUGGCUUCACUGUGUGUGGCGAGAGGAUCAAGCUGGUGCAGAAUGUUCGACCAGGUGGUGCAGGGGUCCACGAGGGAGACAGGAUCAUAAAGGUGAACGGCUCACUGGUGUCGUCCAUGUCUCACCAGGAGGUGGUGAAGCUCAUCAAGUCUGGGACGUAUGUUGCUCUGACACUUCAAGGACCGCCCCCUUCAGCAGCCGUCCCCCUCCUACAGCCCCUCCCCGCUGACCUCUUACCCAAUCAGAGGAUGUCACUGGGAGGUGAAGCCCCGCCUCCACCACCUCCCCCCCGGACUACCAGCACCCCCUCCCAAAGACUCAACAAACCGCUACAGGUGAACGCCACACCUCGAUCUAUGUACAGGAACACGUUGGAACAGGGAGAGGCUGAGCUCCAGAUAACAGACUUGAUGGAGGAGCUGUCAUGUAACCCCUCCCCAUCACUGGAGGAGCGAAUCGAAAGUGCCAAGAGGCAGGCGCAACAAGUGCGGGUUAAAAUCCAGCAAGAUCUGGUGAGAUGCCUGUGUGCAAACUACGGGCGGCAGACUGGGAAAGAUGGUCCUUCUCACCCCUUCUUCUUCAGGACCCCCCUACACCGGAGACAGGGCUCCGACACACACACCUUCUCCGACUCGGCUGGGAAGACUCAGAUCAUUGGCCCUGAGGAAGAGGAAGAAGAGGAAGACGGCUAUACACUCAAUGAGAUGGACGGUCCAUUUCAGGAGCUUCUCAAGUCGCGACCAGCCCACAUGACGGUGUUCAUGAGAUAUAUCUUCAGCCAGCUACUGGAUCCCAACCCACUGCUGUUCUACCUGUCGUUGGAGGCCUACCUGGGCUCCAGCCCUAAAGACGCCCGUGCCCUCGCCCCUCAGAUCUGCUCCUACUUCCUGGACCCUGACGCUCCGUUAAAAAUCAGAGUACGAGAAGAGUACCUGACUGAUAUAGAGAGCCGUCUUAAUGCCCAGGAGGACAUCAGAGGACCACUGUCUGAGCUCCAACAGCAGGUGCUGCCUGACAUUCAGGACCCAAUACAGGACUACAGGAACAAGCAGAUGAUGGGUCUGGGCUCUCUGUUUGGAGAGGGAGACCUGCAGCAGCUGGAUGGAGACCCAGCCAAGGAAAAACAGGUGGUGGACAGACAGGUCACUGCUCUCUGGGAGAUACUCUCGAAGCACGAAGACGACAGAAGUUCUCCUCUAGCCUCUGCGGUACUGCUGCACCUCCGUCACUCAGGCAUUAAGCUGAGGGACUCCAGGGUGUUUCCAGGACUCAGCUCUGAGAAGGAGAAGUGGCUCGCCUUCAUCCCCAAGACCAAGAAGCUGAGCAGUGCAAAGAAAGAGAAGGAUGGAGAGGACAGGAAGAGAAACCCCAUCCUGAAGUAUAUCGGCAAGCCCAGUAGCACCUCCCAGUCCACAUUCCAUGUCCCCUUGUCUCCCACUGAAGUGCGUCCUGGCAGUGUGAGGAACAUCAUCCAGCAGUUUGAGAACCACACAGAGAUCCCCGGGGAGGAGGGGGCCGAGGGAGACCCCCAGAGACUGUCCUCCAGCAGCCUGGGAGAGGACAGCAUGGACAGCCCUAUGGUGUCGGUGCGUCUGGCUCGUAGUGAGUCUCUGAAGGCACAGGGGGAGGGGCGUCGGCGGGGCGGGGCCUCGGUAGUGGAGACAGUCCCUCGUUCCCGUAGCGACGUGGACAUGGAGGACUGUGGGGAGGAGAUGGAGGGGCCGGGCCUGAGACCCCUACACCAUAGCACCUCCUCCUCAGCCACCAGCAGCUCCGCACGAUCCUUGGAGAACCCCACGCCUCCAUACACCCCUCGGUCGUCUAGACGACAGAUUGAGGAGUCCCCUGUGGCCCUGCUCCCUGACGCCCCAGCCCUAGAGGAGGACGUGGUAGACAGUCACAACUGGCAGGAGACGGUGGCCCCGCAGGUCCUGGCCACUCUCUGUCCCCGAGAGGUGGACCGACAGGCCGUCAUCUACGAGUUGUUGACGACAGAGGCGUCUCACCUGCGUACUCUCAGGGUGUUGGAUCAGGUGUUCUUCCGGAAGAUGAGAUGUGUUCUGAACUCUGACGAGCUGGCCUGCAUCUUCCCCAACCUGCCUCAGGUCUACGAACUCCAUGAGAGUCUGUGUGAAGCCAUGAAGAAGAAAAGGGAAUCUCCCAUCGUUCAGGGCAUCGGUGACAUCAUGCUGGCCAGGUUUGAGGGCGUGGCGGGGGAGGAGUUUCAGGAGCAGGCGUCCCACCUGUGCAGCCAGCAGUCUCAGGCUCUGGAGCUCAUCAAGAACAAGCAGCGCAAAGACCCCCGCUUCACACACAUCAUCCAGGAGUGUGAGGCCAGUCCUCACUGUAGGAGACUGCAGCUGAAGGACCUGCUGGUGUCUGAGACACAGAGACUUACCAAAUACCCUCUGUUACUGGACAACAUCAUCAAACACACAGAGGGUGGCUCCACAGACCUCCCGCCUCUCCAACGGGCACAGGCCUGUUGCCGCGGGAUACUGCAGGCCGUCAAUGAAGUCGUCAGGGAGACGGAACACCGGCAACGGCUCAACCAAUACCAGCGCAGGCUGGACCCCACGCCACAGUUCAAGAGUCUGGACCUGACCAGUAAGACAAUGAUCCAUGAGGGUCCUCUCACCUGGAAAGUCAAUAAAGACAAAACCUUAGAGAUCCAGGCCCUACUGCUGUCAGACCUGCUGGUUCUGCUCCAGAGAGGUCCAGACGACCGGCUGCUGCUGCGCUGCCCGUCCCGCUGGCUGGGGGGAGGAGGAGGGGGUAGCGGAGACACCAAGGCCUCCUUCAGCCCCGUGGUCCAGCUAGACUCUCUCCUGGUGCGCUCUGUGGCCACAGACAACAAGGCCCUGUACGUCAUCAGCACCACAGAGAGACAGAUCUAUGAACUGGUCGCAGGGUCGUCCUCAGAGAAAAACACCUGGAAGGACCAACUUGAAAAGACCAUCUCAUUGGCUGCUGGCUCCUCACCUUCGACCAAUAACAGAUCCACACCUAUUUUCUCCCCAAGUCUUGGCAAUGCUUCCCCUGUCUCAACUGGCAGCCAUGUCUAUCAAUCAGACAACUCGAUGACGGAGCAGGUGGUUUUCAUGGAGACGGACUCCCCUAACGAUGAGGACAACGAGCUUACGCCCACCACACCAACGGACCAAUCAGGGGCUUUCCUCUAUGGUGAGGGGCGGGACUACGUCAAGAAACAAAUUGGCGUAGCAGAGGCAGCUCUUGAAGACGUGGAGAUGCUAAGGCAGCUGAUUUUACGCGACCUGGAGGAAGAUGGGUGGAGUCACGACUCAGUCGGCACGCCCACAAACGAGGCAGCCAAUGAGAGGAGCCCGUUCAAUGACAGACAGAGGCCGGCGUCCUCUGAGACGCUCCUUAGCGUCAGUCCCAGCCAAUGGGAGGCUGAGCAUGCAGAAGCCCCGCCCUCGGAGGUGGAGUCCCCCAGUGUGCAUGUUGUGAGGAAAGGAAACUUGUUCUACCUGGUGAUGCCACCAGUGCAGGGAGAGGGACUGCUGGACGAGAGUCACACAGAUGAGGUUGACGACCCCACCACCCCGACCUCCACUGAACUUCCUGAUCUGGAACAGGAAGUGAUGUCAUCGCCCGUACAGACUCAUGAGAAAGAAGGGCAGGUCGUUUCCAUCAUGUCUGCGGACAACCAAUCAGAGAGGGGAAAUCUGAGUCGGGAGGAAGGGCAGGGCCAAUCACAAAAGAGCCACCAGAGCCAUGUGAUCAAGAACGUGGAUGAGAUUUUCCACACCAUCGAGGAGUUGAUGAGCAAGCUGCACCAGCUGAGGGACAUAGAGACGGCUCAUCACCAGCUCCUGAAAACACUGAGAGAGCCACCUGUCUAUCCGGAGUCUGGUGACCUCUUUCGUAACCAGGGAACCAUCGCCAGGACACCGUUUCUGGACCGGGACCUGGGGGACGGAAAGGAGGCGAGCCCAGCACAGCCAGCCAAGCCUAAGAUCCUCUCCACUGGAUUCUAAAGUUGUCAUCUCAGUGAGGACUUAACAGACUUACCUCCACCCUGCCGUAGACAUACGCACACACACACUGAUGGACUGGGACCCCAGCCUUUACCCCCUAACCCCCUCUCACAUCCCUCACCCCAAUCCCAGCAGGCACUGCUCAUGGGAGCAGAAUCCAUGAAGUACCGGGAUGUCAUUGGUGUUGCCCUGGGAGACCAGGACGUGAUGCAGGAUUGAUGCUCCCGCCCCCUGACCUCUGUGGAGCAGGAAGGAGUCCGGGGACGAGAGGAUGAAGGGGAAAACAGGAAGAAACUGAGAAGUAAAGAAGCAGUGAAGAAGCAAAGAGAGAGUACUAGAAGUGAGAGGAAUCUAAAUUGACAAGGAGUAAUGUCAAGGAUGAAAUGUUGAAUGGAAUGAAUAAGGUUGGCUACAUUUGAAGGAAAAGUCAGUAUACUUUGAAAAGAAGACAGGGUUCAAGGGAGAGAGUUGAGAAGUGAAAAGUUUUGAGAAAAUAACAACAAAUGGACAACUGAAGGAACCCAGCACUUUACCCACAAUGCAUCCUCUGUCAUGUAUCCAUACGCCACAGCUGAUUGGAUUGGUGAGGGACAGGACACUGGACAGAUCACCGGCUCCAUUGUGAGUCAAAGCUGCACCUAGUUUGAGCCAAGAUGGUAGUUCUUUACCACUGGUUGCUUUACAAUAUGCCUGCCAUGGAGGCUGAUCGAAGGACUGUGUCUAUAUAUCUAUGUAUUCAGGUUAAUUGCAUAAAGAGAUCACAACAUGCACAGUCCUCAUUCAUCCAUAAUAUCACUCAUGUUAUGUGAUACAUAUGUUUUCAUAAUCACACAAGAGGAGAGAAACACCAUGAAGGAAGAGGUGGUUUGUUGUUGUUGUUUAGGGAUAACCAAGAUUGCGGUCGGUCAGUCAUGCUGACGAAUGCAGCAAGUCCUGCAUGUAUGUACAGCUGCUAAGCUACGGGAUGGGUUGUCUGUAGCGACGACGUAUUCCUGGUUACUACAGUGACAAGCCGUGGUAACACUGCUACUGCUCUGUUCUCUACUGAAUGGCUGUUGUCUGGUCAACAGCACUACUAGACAUAGAGGGAUCACCACUACGAAAAAGGAAACAUGUUCAAUGAAUACACAGAUUUCUGUCUAUCAUGUCGUCAUUAUUUCCUAAAGAAUGCUCUACUGUAUUGUGUGUGUAUAAUACUGUGAAUCCCCUCCUCCCUACGAUACCAUGAGUAGUGUUUGCUGUACUGCCACACCAAAAACUGAAGGGAUAUUACUUUAUACAGAGUAGCAUAGGUUUGAACUGAAAGACACCUACUGCACAGACAACUUGUAUUUAUUGGGAGAGGAAGUCUGUUAACCGUAUGUAAUCCCUUGUUCAAGUGUGUGGUGAGCAUACGAUAUGUCUGUGACACUAAAGUGUGUGUUGGGGCUCCGGAAGGGAUGCAGUUUUUUCGUUUACCUAGGCAUGGUGGACGAUCCCAGACUUUUACUUUCAUCUCUACGUUCGUUUACCCUCUCAUUUGAGUAGCUUCUUUUUCUUCUGUGUUUUUCCUACAUUUCGGUCUUGAGUUCUGUAACCACCUCUCUCUCGUAUAGAGGUUAGAACUGAUGUUUCCUCCCUUUGUCAAACCGCUGCACAACAAACUAUGGUAUGCAUACACAGGUCUUUAAUGAUCCUUUUCUCAUUUUAAAUCUCGUUCACUCCUGUAAUAUAGAAAUUACAACCUUGUUUUAUGUAGUUUUUUUUCUUCUGUAAAGCCUUAGUCCUUUCUUAGAUUUUAUUUUUGUAGAAAUGAAUAAGAAAAAAGUGUAAAUUAUUUUCUCUCCCGUAUAAAAAAAUUGUGAGAUUGUUAGCUGCAAAGAAGGAAAAUGUGAUGACAUUAAAAAUAACUGUUUGAAAAAAGGA